GGAGAAUUCAGCGAGGGGGAACAUUAAAGGUGUGUGUUCAGGCAAAUCGUAUGCGCGUUGAUUUGUGAAAAGAAAGCAUCUUGCGAUUUUUUCUUGGAAGGUAUGCACUUAAACUUGGUUUUUGUUUCCAAAUGCUUCAGUCGCCGUGAGAUUUCGUCCAUUGAUCGAGGAUCCCGAGCAAUAUGACAGAAUACGAAAAAAGAAUGCAGAGAAAACAGCAUGGAAUAUCGAAAAGGUGGGGGCAAUGCAUUUGUUGACUCAAAAAGGAUACGGACCCAAGGUCGAGGGAAGAACAUCAUUUCAAUUCGAUCAGGUAUUCGGCAAAGAUUCACAGACCCCACUAGUAUAUAAGAGCAUAGCGAGACCAAUGGUAAAUGCAACAAUGAACGGGAAACAUGCUACUAUAUUUGCCUAUGGACAAACCGGGUCGGGGAAAACAUUCACUAUGCAAGGGGAAGGCAAGAUAGGAAGUGGCAAGGCUGGCAUCAUACAGCUGGUAACUUCUGAUAUUUUCCGAUACACGGGAAAGGGGGAAGCUUUGAAGCGAGACUUCAAAGUGAAAGUGUCUUACUUUGAGAUCUACAAUGAACAGAUACGCGACUUACUCGCUAGUGACCCAGAAAACGCUUCGACGGACACGAGCAGCACAACCACCACUUCCGGUCGAGGAGUGACGAUUAGGACCAAUGCCAGUGGGGAAAUCAUUGUAAAUGUUGAACAAAAGCGCGUGCAUAACGUUGACGAAGCCCUUGCGUUGCUGGUUCAAGGCAAUAUGCAUCGCACAGUAGGUGCGACAGGUAUGAAUGAACAAUCUUCACGAAGUCAUGCUAUUUUUCGUCUUACUAUAGAGAGUCGCCUCAAAACCAAUCACCAACCGAUUGAAAACCAAGAUAAUGAAAUCGUGAGAGUAUCCGACUUCAAUUUGGUGGAUUUGGCAGGGUCGGAGAGUUUAAAGUUAACGAAAGCCACAGGGAACCGGCAACGAGAAGGAGCCACGAUCAACAAAAGGUACGGAUGAAUUUUUGAGCAGUGCUUGUACCGUACGGAAUGCUGUUCGUUCUACCCUGUUCAGAAUUACAAACACAUUCUUAAUUACUUCCUUUUUUCAUGAAACAGUUUACUCGCAUUGACAUCUGUGAUCCAAUCAUUGAGCCAGCCACUUAAGAAAAGGCCGCAAUAUAUCAAUUACAGGGAU